AUGAAGUUGCUUUGUAACGUGUUGCUGCUCUGUGCCUUGGCCAUGGCCAUCCCCUUUGAUUCGCUUGACCUGCUGGCUGUGGACAAGCGAGCUACCCCGGGGGUCCUCACCACCAAACUCAGCAUCAAUGACAUCUUCCUGUACCAUCUUGAGGUGAAGGUGGGCUCUGAGGGCAAGGUGUUCCACCCCAUCGCCGACAGCGGGUCGUUGAUUACGUGGUUGGGCAACGACGACGACUGGGCCUACCAUUCGACGUCGCUUGUCAACACCACCCAGCCGGCCUACGUGGGAUAUGCCGGGACCGAGCAAGCUUCUGGGUACUAUGUUAACGACACCAUUGCCUUUGCUGAUGGUGGCAUUGAUAAUUUCAACUUUGGCGUCAUCGAAAAUCCGCCGUACUACAAGGAGGGCAUUGUCGGUCUCGCGAGACAGAGCAACAGCAAAUACGUGCCGGUGGCGCAUCAGUUGAAGCACGCCGGCGCCAUCGACCACGGAGUGGCAUCGUUGUACUUCAGUGUGGCCAAGGACACCGGCAAGCUUAUCUUUGGUGGUUACGAUAAGGCCAAGGUGGGUUCGCCAUGGAGUGUCCACUCGGAUCCCGAUACAUUCAAGGUACCCAUCACCAACGUCACUGCUCAGGGCAAGACGUAUUAUCCCGACCACGGCGACGUCCCCAUCGUCGUGGACACUGGCGCCUAUAGCUACCUCCCCGAUGCGAUUCUUGACCCUAUUGUCGCGUUGUAUAAGAACCCUCAGAAGCAGGAUACGGGUUACAAAGUUGACUGUGACAUCCCUGACGGGCUGUUCCAGCUUGGCUUUGGUGACUUGAUCUUGGAUAUUAAGCUUAAGGAGUUUAUCAACGGGCACGCCGAGGGAGACGCCUGUCACUUGGCGGCCAGGUCGUCGGAACGGCUCAACAACAUUACUCUCCUUGGUGGCGGCAUCCUCAACCAUGUGGUGAUCUUGUUUGACUAUGAUAAUGGGGUCAUCAAGGUGGCGCAGUUCAACGAUACUGACGACGAGAACAUUGUCCAACCUGAAUGA